AUGCGAAGUAAAGCGAACAGAUGGAAGGAGAUUGAAGACAUUCAUGAUUCGGAGAAGACGCCCACCUGGAUUGCUCCUCCCAAUUCUUUGAUGAUGCAGGGCUUCGAGUGGCAUGUCCCGGCCGAUCAACGCCAUUGGAAGCGUCUGAAAAAGGCAAUGCCAAGCCUCCGAGAUAUUGGGGUAGACAUUGUCUGGAUUCCUCCAGGGUGCAAAGGAAUGGAUGUAUCAGGAACUGGCUACGACCUAUACGAUCUGUGGGACUUGGGAGAGUUCGAUCAAAAAGGAUCUCAAGCAACGCGUUGGGGACCAAAAGAGGAUUUAUCGGAUAUGGUGCAAGCGGCACUAGAUGUUGGUAUCGGAAUCUGUUGGGACACUAUAUUGAACCACAAAGCCGGAGCAGAUAUGACCGAAAGUUUUCAAGCCACGAGAGUGAAUCCUAAUGAUCGAAAUGUUGCGCUUUCACCGACCGAGCAUAUUUCCGGUUGGGUAGGAUUUGACUUUGCAGGCCGCAAAGGGAAGUAUAGUUCUAUGAAAUAUCAUUAUCGUCAUUUCAACGGUGUCGAUUGGGACGACACACGGAAGGAAAAUGGAGUCUAUAAAAUUGCCGGAGCUCGGAAAGACUGGGCUCAGGAUGUGAGCGACGAGCACGGUAACUAUGACUAUCUGAUGUUUGCCAAUCUGGAUCACACCAACCCGGAAGUCCGAGCCGAUAUCUUUCAAUGGUCGGAAUGGAUUGGAACUGAACUACCAAUCACCGGCAUGCGAAUUGAUGCAGCGAAACAUUAUUCGGCCUCAUUCCAGAGAGACUUUGUUAAUCAUCUAAGGCGCACGGUUGGUGCCAACUAUUUUCUUGUUGGGGAGUACUGGCGGGGUGAAGUAAAUCUUCUUCUGAGAUACCUCAAACUUAUGAACUACGAAGUCUCUCUAUUUGAUGUGCCACUCCUAGGUCAUUUUGCACUCACUUCUCAGACUGAAGGCGCCGACCUGCGGAAGUUGUUCAAAGGCACUUUAGUCGAGCAGAGCCCAAAGCAUGCAGUAACAUUUGUGGGAAAUCAUGACACGCAACCUGGUCAAUCCUUGGAGACAAUAAUCAUACCUUACUUUAAGCCAAUUGCCUACGGAUUGAUUCUCCUUCGCAGCCAAGGCCAGCCAUGUGUCUUCUAUGGAGACUUGUACGGCGUCCGAGGCGGUCCAACAGCCCAUUCCCGACCCUCUUGCAAUGGCAAGCUCCCGAUCUUGAUGCAAGCUCGCAAGCUUUACGCCUACGGAGAGCAACGGGACUACUUUGAUAAACGGCAUUGCAUUGGGUUCGUGCGCUACGGCAAUGUCAAUUACCCUUGGGGACUCGCUUGCAUUAUCAGCAAUACCGUCGCAACCUACAAGCGCAUGUAUGUCGGUGUCAAGCACGCAGGAGAGGAAUGGACGGAUAUAUUGGACUGGUGCAUUGAGACAGUCAUCAUCGACCAUCGUGGAUAUGGAAUAUUUUCAGUUGCUGCAAAGAGCAUAAGCGUUUGGGUUAAUGAUAAGGCCAAGGGAAGAAAGAGCCUCGCCCGGCCUUUCGAUACUAAUAUCUAUGAUCUUUGA